AGGAAAAGACAUUUCCCUGAAAAGGAGUUGGAGGAGAGUCCUCGAGCCCUGUCUCCACUAGGUAAAGGACAGCCUGCCACACCACUGUAGCUGAAAACCAUAUUCCCCAAGCCCCGGAAGUACCCUGGUGAUUGAACUGAUUCUCCAGGCCACAUCUGCUACUACCAGCAUGGAGAGCAGGAGCAAGCAAGACCCGUUCAUGCCAGACUGCCUAAAUAAUGAAGGCAAUACCACUUCAGGACAGAUUUAUUUCAGAUCUGGUUGCAGAGAAGGCUCUGGAUUGCUCUGCAAGAGUGGGAGGGUUUGUUUUCUGCUUCUGCUUUGCUGAGUCAAACAGAGAGUAAGGCAGUUCAGAUCUGGAGAGGCUCAGUUCCUGUCAUUUCUAGUGUGGAAACAGUGCUGCUACUGUUUUUGUUCCUUCCUACAGAGAUUUGUAGCUUUGCUGGGCAGGAACUGUACUGAAAUGUGCUUAGCACAGCUGGAGCCUUUCAUCACAGCUGUAAAAGAAACAAUUAAAAAAUAACAUUUGUGCUCAUCAGCAGUGUCCCAUUGGCUUCCCUCACUGCUAAUACUCACUCAGUUGCCUUUGAUGGGGCCAUUAGUCAAAUCCCGCUCAUCUUCUAAGCAGGUCACCCAUAAUAAUGAGUGCCCCAUUACAAGAGAUGGGGAAGAUCCUUCCAUCACUUCUGACACAACCUAUUUUUUUUUUUCCACCAUUCUCUCAUCAGAAGCAUGGACAUCAAGGAAUAUUUCACCAGGAUUUCUUACCAGGGCUCUUAUGAUAAGCCAGACCUGGGUACCUUGACUGAUAUAUUCCAGCAUCAUAUCCGAGCGGUCCCUUUUGAAAACCUCAGCAUCCACUGCGGGGAAAGCAUUGAACUGGACCUGGAAGCAACUUACAACAAGAUAGUGAGGAAAAACCGUGGAGGCUGGUGCAUGGAAAACAACCACCUUUUAUCUUGGGUCCUGAAAACCCUCGGCUACAAUGUCACCCUCCUGGGAUCAAAAGUUUAUGUCCCAGAGUACAACGCAUAUGCAGAUGAAAUCGAUCAUCUGCUGCUAAAAGUGGUGCUUGAUGACAAAACCUUCAUUGUGGAUGGUGGGUUUGGGAUGGCUUACCAGAUUUGGCAGCCAAUGGAGCUGAUUUCAGGGAGAGACCAGCCACAGACUCCGGGUGUCUUUCGCUUCCUGGAGGAGAGUGGGGUCUGGUACCUUGAGAAGGUGAAGAGGAAGCAGUGGGUUCCCAACCAAAGCACCUCCGCUUCCCAUAACAUAGAAAAGGAAGUUUGCCGUCGGGUUUAUCUCUUCACCCUUCAGCCACGGGACAUUGAAGAGUUCCAAGCCUGUAAUGCCCACCUGCAGACAGCGCCUGACUCGCUGUUUGUGCAAAAGUCUAUCUGCAGCCUGCAGACCAUGAACGGCAUCAGGGCUCUGGUGGGAUGGAAAUUCACUGAGAUAAGGUACAAUUAUAAGGAUGAUAUGGAUCUGGUGGAAAUCAGAAUCCUCGCAGAUGAAGAAAUGGAGAAAACACUGAAAGAUAAAUUCAAUAUAACACUAGACAAGAAAUUUGUACCCAUCAAUACAAGCAGGUUGUCUCUAUUUUAACUCACUGUCUGAAUUAUAAUUCAACUCAAUGGCAUUACAUGCAUUUCAUUCCCCCCACCCUGUUUCUGAGAACCAUUUAAAGGUUAAGCUUUCUCUUUCCAUCUACACCAGUGUAAGGCAGAACAUGCUAGCAUGAAUCUGGAAAAUAAAUUUAUUUGUACAACUGC